UAUCAUAAUGACUUCUGAAGAAUUAUCAAGAGAUGAAAUAGCCCUUUAUGAUAGGCAAAUCCGGUUGUGGGGAAUAGCAACUCAAUUGAGACUAAGAUCUGCAAGAUUACUUCUCAUAAACUUAGGCUCCGUAGGGAUGGAAGCCGUAAAAAACCUUGUAUUGGGAGGUGUUAAUUCCAUAGAAUUGAUGGAUAACUCAACCAUAAAGUCUGAAGACUAUGGUGCCCAGUUCUUUUUGCCUAAAGAUGAUUCCAAAAUUGGUGAAUUGAAGUUACCUAAUGUGGUGGAUUCCAUAAAAGAAUUGAACGAUAGAGUUGAGAUCAACAUAAACACAAAAAGUUUUGAUACGGUGAUACAAGGCGAUCCUUCCUAUUUCAAGAAGUUUGACUUGAUAAUUGCUACGGAGAUCCAAAAGCCCGAUACUUUCAAAUUGAAUGAGUUAACAAGAGAGCUCAAUCUCCCCUUAUAUAUAGCUGGAACUCAUGGGAUGUUUGGAUACAUCAUCACGGACUUGAUAGACAAUAUCAACGAAACGGAGAAGGAUAUGGGAAACCAGCCAAGAAAAGCAAACACAAAGCUCAAUUUGAACAAAACCAUUAUAAAAGUUGAGAGCAACGAGCUGACGAACAAAGAACUCAUUACAAUCCAUGAUUCAUAUAGACCAAUUAAAGAGAUUUUCAGCUCGAAGUUGCUUCCUGAGCAGUUGAAUAAAAGGCAAUUGAAGAGAUUGUCUCCGUCUUUGCCAUUGAUUUUUGCAUUAUUUGAGCUUCAAAGAGUCUCAGAUAUCAAUGCUGAAACUCUCAAAAGCCAUGCUUUGAAAGCAUGUGAAGAGCUUGGAGUGAAUCCCGAUAUUAUUACUGAUGAAUACUUGAAGCUUUUUGUGGAUCAAGGAUUCACCGAGUUUGCACCUACGAGCGCAAUUUUGGGAGGCUGUUUGGCUCAAGACAUAAUCCAAUUUUUAAGUAAGAAAGAGAGUCCAAUUAAUAAUGUGUUGAUUUUCGAUGGUCUUAGGUCGGAGAUGCCUAUAUAUACAUUGUAAUAUAAAUUGUUCGGUGUACUCAUUUAGGUGUUAUACCUCUUCCUUUUCUUUUCUUCAAAUGAGAUGAGUCUCUCAAAUACCUGAAGGACUUUACUAACUUCUCUUUCAACCGCUGGUUUUCUUCUUUCUUCAUUUCUAUUUUGUUGAUUAAUUUGCUUCUAUCCAUUCUGAAUUUCUUGAUUUCUUCUUCAUCAGUCUCCCUGAAAUUGUCCAAUCUCUUACCUAGAUUCUCGUUCACUUCCUCCAACUCAUUAAUGGAAGACUUGGACUCUCUAAUGGACUUCAAAGAGUUUUCAUACUCGGUUUUCAUAUAAUCUUUUUCUUCCUGUUUCGAUU